GGCGCCGGUUGAACUGAGCGGUCGAUAUAAGAGGAUCACUCUUCGGUCGGGAAGACAGUAGAUAUAUUUUAAAGUGAUUAGUGUUCCAAUCAGAAGCGAAAAUGAUGCUUCCAACGAAAUGCAACUUUAUGGGGCUUACUUUGUACAUAGUACUCUGUGUGCUACUACCGGUGCUCUCGCAACCCCGCAAGCGAGUAGCUACGCCUACAGCAACUACCUAUGAGUGCAAAAUUGAGGAAUUUCAACAAGAUAAGUACUGUGUGUUCCGGAACGUUGUGUACAAUGGACGCAACGCUAUCGCGUUUAAAGCUGCGUCAUCGCAGGAGCAACAAGUCGCCUUUGUUGACAGUAACCUGAAACACAUCCCGAUGGAAUUACUCACUGCGUUCCCCGAUAUGCGGGUGCUAAAUGUGGUCAACAGCAACCUCAAUAGCGUCGUAAUCUCGAAUAAACUGGAGCGUCUUUAUGCGUCUAAAAACUCCAUCAACAAAGUAAUAGUCCUUCAGGACCCAGCGACCACGACAAUGAUCGAGCUGGUGCUCGACUCGAACCGGCUACAGGACAUCUCGAACAUUACACGGUUGGCAAAGCUGGAGAUACUGAACCUGAGCGGUAACAAGCUACUCCCUAAGGAAAAUGCCAUCGAGCUGGGCUGGUUCGCCAGGCUGAAAAAUCUGCGCCAACUGCGACUGUCCGAUGUUGGGAUGUAUUACAUAGAUAAUGCACGUGACUCUAGCCUGCCGGAGCUCCUGCUACUCGAUCUGUCCAACAACGAUCUGAUAACGUCGAACCUGGAUGUUAAAGUGUUUGCACCGCUACGCAAACUGGAGUCUCUCCAGUUGGCACACAAUCAGCUCACCAAGCUGGAUGCACUCGAAUUGACAGAAAACAAUAAGCUGAAGGAAAUUUACUUAGAAGGUAAUGAUUUUGCCUGCAAUUAUCAGUCACUUUUGGUAAAACAUUUGAUCCAGUCCGGAAUUGAGUUUCCGGUGGAGCACAAAAACGUUGACUGCAUGCAGGGCUACUGGAGGCAGGAUGGUAUGUGCUGCCGGAGUGGGCUCCUGGAUCGGAUAAGCCUGUAGACGCUCGGCGUAACCCAUGUAGGUGGUGAUCACAAUGUUUGGCGUCGUCAACAUGAGUACUUAAGACAAUUAUAAAACCAAAUAAUAAAUAGAUAAUGUUUGACACAAAACCAUAUAUUUUUUCUCAGUUAAAAAAUAGUAUUUAUUCCAUUUUUUCAAGAUCGCCUAUUAUGGUUUUCCAAGUAAAGCACCACAAACCAUUGUUAGGAUGU